AUGUCUCAGGGUCAGGAGAUCCCAAGCUGCACACAGGAACAACACUGUGCCCCCAGUGAUAUCCAAGGCCUGGAGGCUACACAGGUCUCCAAGGCUGUGGAGGAGGCCUCUCCUUCCAUUUGUCCUCUGAUGCCUGGCAACAUGGAGGAAGCUCUGGCUGCUGGAACAUCCACCACUCCUUUGGAUCCUCAGAGUGCCUACUCAUCUUACACUGUCAUCACGGCCAUCUCACCAAGCAAAUCAGAUGAGGGCUCCAGCAGCCAAGAAAAGGAAGAUAGUUUAUCUUCUUCAUCAGGGUCCCUGUCCGACUUCGAGAACUUCCCCAUAGACCCUCAAGAUGACAAGGUGAUGAUGCUGAUGCAGUUCCUGCUGCACAAGUAUCAAAUGAAAGAGCCCAUCACAAGGGCAGAUAUGAUUGAUGUUAUCCAAGAGUGCAAUGAUGACUUCCCUGAGAUCCUCAGGAAAGCCUCCGAGCGCAUAGAGCUGGUCUUCGGUGUUGACAUGAAUGAGGUGGACCCCACCAGCCACACUUAUGUCCUUGUCAACAAACUGGGCCUCACUUACGAUUCGAGGCUCUGUGAUGAGGACACCAUGCCCAAGGCCAGCCUCCUGAUAAUUGUCCUGGGCGUGAUCUUCAUGAAGGGCAAUUGUGCCACUGAGGAAGAGAUCUGGGAAGUGCUGAAUAUGAUGGACUUAUAUGCUGGGAGGAAGCACUUCAUCAUUGGGGAGCCCAGGGAGUUCAUCACCCAAGAUUUGGUACAAGAAGAGUACCUGGAGUACCGCCAGGUGGCCAACAGUGAUCCUCCACGCUACGAGUUCCUGUGGGGCCCCAGAGCCCACGCUGAAGCCAGCAAGAUGAAAUUGCUGGAAUUUUUGACGAAGAUCCAUGAGUCCGACCCCAGCUGCUUCCCAUCCCAGUAUGAGGAGGCUUUGAGAGAUCAAGCAGAGAGAACCCGAGCCAGACCAGCAGCCAAGGAGGGCGCUAGUGCCAUGUGCAGUGCCCAUUCCGGUGCAGGAUCUGGCAUCCCCUCCCGGCCCACCCAGCCCUAG